AUGUCCAUGUCCGGCUCGGUCACCACUCGCCACGCGACCAGCACCACCGAACACACUCCACAACACGACAAGAUGGCCAACUGUGACGUUGAGUCCGCCAUGGCACCAGAGUCCAAGCUCGAGUUGCGCCCGAGCAUCGAAGUCCCUGAAGAAGGCACCAUCAUCGACAACUAUGUCGCGCCUCAAUCACUCAAGAGCUUCUUCAAGAGUUUGGCAACUGCUGGAGUCGAGCUGCGUGGGCUCGAGCCGGUCCCGCUCCAGGCGAGGACGCACACCAAGUACUACAACAUCUUCACACUGUUUGGUGGCAGUUUCAUUUCAUUGUUGCCAAUCUCGAUCGGGACAACACCAACCUUGGUCUUUGGUCUGUCGUUCAGUCAUGCAGCAGCCAUGAUUGUGGCUAUGCAAUUCAUAUUCAUCAUGCCUACGCUUUACAUCCUUACCCUCGGUCCGCUACUUGGUAUGAGACAGUCUGUCCAGUUUCGUUAUGUCUUUGGGAAAUAUCCAAAUGUGUUCUUCUGUCUGAUUGUCGUCGUUGAAAUCGGCAUCUUCGGCAUCCUGGCUGCGGUUGGAGGCGCUGAAUGUUUGACCGCAGUCAGACAAGGCACCCUUCCGAUCGAAGGAGCCAUCAGCAUCAUCAUGGCUACUGCAAUCCUUAUCAGCUUCUUCGGGUACAGAUGUCUCCACAUGGUUUGCCAGUACAUUUGGAUUCCAAACACUAUUUGCAUCUUGGUCCUGGUCGGCUGUGCUGGUAAGGGCCUACACCACCAGGCAGUUCCAGUGUCGACUGGUAGCGCAGAUCCAUACCUAUCGACCCUGGCAAUCUGUGCGGCCAAUAUGGCUACCUGGGGCACCAUCGUCGGCGACUAUUCAUGCUAUAUGCCUCCCACGGCUCCAAGAAAGCGAUUGGCGCUGUACUGUUUCCUAGGCCUCUACGUCCCUUUCACCUUGAUGAUGUUGUUUGGUGCUGCCAUUGGUGGUGCAAUCCCUGCCAAUGACACCUGGCUGGCGGCAUAUGGCACAGGCAGUUUCGGUGGAGUUUGUGCUGAAAUACUAAUCUCGCGAGUGGGAAACUUUGGCCGCUUUCUCCUGGUUCUGCUGGGGUUCUCCAUCGUCACCACCUCAGCACGAGACAUGUACAGUAUUUCCAUCUUCGUCGUUGGUAUCGUUCCGUGGUUGCACAGAGUUCCACGCGUCCUUCUAUUGUUCUUGGUUGCUGGGGCCAUGAUUGGAAUUGGUAUUGCAGCUUCCCGCUCCUUCUUGCCCAGUCUCAGCGCACUGGUCAGCAUUGCGGGCUAUAUCACUGGUCCAACAAUCAGUGUCUUUCUGGUCGAGUGGUUUUUGUUCCGGAAAAGCAAUCCCGCCAGUAUGGAUCCGGCAAUCUGGAACAACCGCAAAGCCUUGCCAUCUGGAAUCUCGGCACUAGUUGCGUGUACUGUGCCAUGGGCGUUGAUUGUUCUCUCCAUGUCAACAACAUGGUACGUGGGACCCAUAGCCAAGCAAGCUGGGGAUUUGGCAUAUUUGCUCGGCGCGGCAUCGUCGAUCCUGAUAUAUAUUCCCUUGCGAGCAAUGGAGGUCAAAUACCGAGGCCGGUUGUGA